AUGACGCCUCCUUCAUCUUCCUACAUGGCCGUCUUCAAAGCCAUUGCACUCCAGGAGCCGGUGGUGAAGGCCAAGGAGUUCCUUGAGCAGAUACAAGCAAAGGGGUUCAGCCCUAAGUUGGACGUUCCUCACUUUGAUGUGGCCUACAUGGAAGAAGCAAUGAAGGCAUUGAAGAUGUCUGACGUUCUUAUCAACGCUAAGAAGUUGCAAAAACUCUACCGUAAGUGGAGCACCACCCUCAGGGAUGAGGUUCCAAAGAUGUUCAAAGCCUUGAAAGCCGAUGGCAAUUAUGACCAGGCCAUGGAGCUCUAUAGGCGCGGUUGGGAUUCAAACAUAAUUCCAGCGGUCGUACUUCACACCGGUGUUAUUGAAGACUGUCUCGAGGCUGGCAAUACCGAGUGUGCUCUGAAGGCUUACCGGACCAUGUUAGUUACUGGGGUUGCCCCAAACUCCUAUACAUACACUGUUUUAAUUAAGGGACUCACUAUUGACCCCAAUUUCUGUGGGGAUGCCAAGAGGUGCUUGCUUGAGAUGAUGGAGAGGGGGAUGAGACCCAAUGCUGCUACAUACGCUGCGGUGAUUGAGGGAUUUGUGAAGCAGGAGGACAAGGUAGCUGAGGAGGAGGGCAAACAGUUGGUGGAGGUGAUGAUGGGCAAGGGGUUUGUGCCAAAUGCAAAGGCCAUGAUGGGGGUUUUGAAGGAAAACCAAAAACUGUAA